GCGGGGCGCUCCCGGGGCCGCCCUGGGCCCGGCCGAGCGGGGCCUCGUGGCUGAGUCGGGCCAGGCUUCGCGCCGCCUCCUCGCGUCCCCGUGGCCGGUUGGGGCCGGCCUGGGCCUGUUCCCGGAGGCUGCCCUUGUCCCGCUCUGGCCCGGCCUGUCCCCGGAGACUCAUUCCUCUGUUCCGGCCCAGCGCAUUCCUGGAGAUUCCCGUCCUCCGCCCGGGCCUCUGGGCCCCGUCCCCGGAGACUCCUCUCCCGCUUCGGGCCUUCGGCCUGUCCCCGGAGGUUUCCUCCCUUCGCCGGCGUCACGGGCUGUGUCCGGGGGUUCCCGCAUGCUCGCUGCGCCACGGGAGGCGCUGCCUGUAUUCCCGAGGGAGGCGGUCGGGAGAGCUGGGCCCGCGGAGCUGAGGGGAGCGGCACCUUGCAGGGGUAGCAGCUUGCCCGGGCCGCAGGCGUGACCCCGUGAGCUGGGGUUCAACCCCCGAUGGCGUGUAGCUCUCGCAGGGCUCACGCACUGGCGCUCAGCACCGUGUGCUUCUCAGUGCAGCGGGAUAGAUUUGUUCGCUCGCAUUCCUCACUCUGCAUCUUGUUUAAAACUGAAGUUUGGUAGAACCUCAGGUGAUGCGGUGGAAUGGGCUUUGCAGUGGCACAGAGGCACGUGUGAGCCCUGAAUCUUCUUUUUCACCAGGCUGACAAAGGCUUGUUUCCCUCGCUCUUGUUGGUUUGGGGAGAUCAAUGUGUUUGAGGUUUCCAUAAAUAUAUUUCAAAGUCUCCACAAGGUGACAACUCAAUCGCUUCUCAUAAAGCAGUAUUCAGAAACAUAAUUGAUGGGAGACUUAUACAAGGUUUGUUUCCUGAUUUCAUAAUUGACAAAGCUGAGACGGUGAGACCUGACUGUUGAAGGGUGCAAGGUGUGAACCUGCUCAAGCAGGUACAAUUUACAGGUGCUUGCAAAGAUGUCUAAAACUAACAAAUCAAAAUCUGGAUCCCGUUCUUCCCGUUCGAGGUCUGGAUCAAGAUCACGCUCACGCUCCUUCUCCAAAUCUCGCUCCCGCUCUCGUUCUGUCUCGCGGUCAAGAAAACGGAGACUUAGUUCUAGGUCUCGUUCAAGAUCAUAUUCUCCAUCUCAUAACAGAGAAAGGAACCAUCCGAGAGUCUAUCAGAACCGGGAUUUCAGAGGUCAUAAUAGAGGAUACAGGAGACCGUAUUAUUUUCGCGGCCGAAAUCGAGGGUUCUAUCCAUGGGGCCAGUAUAACCGAGGAGGAUAUGGGAAUUACAGGUCAAACUGGCAAAAUUAUCGCCAAGCGUAUAGCCCUCGUAGAGGGAGGUCACGCUCUCGUUCACCCAAGAGAAGAUCUCCUUCACCAAGGUCUAGAAGUCAUUCUAGAAAUUCUGAUAAGUCAUCUUCUGAUCGGUCAAGGAGGUCUUCCUCUUCCCGGUCUUCCUCAAAUCAUAGCCGAGUUGAGUCUUCCAAGCGUAAAUCUGGAAAGGAGAAAAAGUCAUCUUCCAAGGAUGCCCGGGCAUCUCAGGCUGCAGGAGAUAAUCAAGGUGAUGAAUCUAAGGAGCAGCCGUUUUCAGGAGCAGUGGCUCAAGACGUCAAGGCAUCUGAGGGAUCAAAACCAUGGCAAGAUAUGACCACCUAUGGUACAAGUUCAGCGUCAAGAGCUUCUGUGUCUGAACUUAGCCCAAGGGAACGGAGUCCGGCGUUAAAAAGCCCUCUCCAGUCGGUUGUGGUGAGGCGUCGUUCUCCUCGGCCAAGUCCAUUGCAGAAGUCGAGCCCUCCACUGUCCAACCCAUCACAGAUGAGCUCUGCUUUACAAGGCAGCAGCACCUCCUUUCAGGCAGGCUCUCAUCAGAGUCCGUUUGACCAUGGCUCGGCAGGUUUGAGCCCAACAAGGAAGAGCCCUGUGUGCAAAAGUCCAACACCAAUCAGUUCGAUUUACAGUACAUCUCAGAAGGAGGAAGCCACAGCUCCUGGAGGAGGAGCCUUCUCAAAGAGGUAUUUGGAGGAGCAGAAGACUGAGAAUGGGAAAGACAAAGAACAGAAAGUAACAAAUGUUGAAAAAGAAAAAAAUAAAGAAAAAGGGAAUUUCUCUGAGUUGGGAUCAACAGACGGAAAGGCAAAAUCUGACUCCUACGCAUCCAAAGCGGACUCCGAGAAGGGAUACCGUGGCAGCCAGUCACCCAAGCGCUACAAGUUCCGGGAUGACUUUGACAAGCUAAAGGUCCCGGAGUUCCACAAGGAAAGCCAUUAUGGCAAAGAGGAAACAGAUGAGCAGGAAAAGAAAGACAAGGCAAAGGGCCGAAAAGACUCGGAAUUUGAUGAUGAGCCCAAAUUUAUGUCUAAAGUCGUAGCAACUUCAAGUAAAAGUCAGGAGGAGGACAGGCCAGGAAAAUGGGAAGGUGUGGUGUUCUUGCCCCCUGGAAAAGAGAAGCAAAGGAAACCUGAUGAAAUGGAGGAGGAAAGCUAUUCUGAAAGAUCUAAAAAAGAAGAGAGACCAGCAUCCAAGAGAGCUGAACCAGGUCACAGGGGGUUUGUUCCUGAAAAGAAUUUUAGAGUGACCACUUACAAAUCAAGCCAGGAAAAAAGUUCUUCUCCCCCACCAAGGAAGGCUUCUGAGAUAAAGGAGAAACCAGGCACCAAAGGAGAGGGGCUCACUCCUGGCAAAUCCUCCUUUUCCAUUACUCGUGAGGCCCAGGUCAAUAUUCGAAUGGAUUCCUUUGAUGAAGAUCUUGCACGUCCAAGUGGCAUACUGGCUCAGGAACGCAAACUGUGUCGUGACCUUGUGCACAGCAACAAAAAAGAGCAAGAAUUUCGUUCGAUAUUCCAUCAUAUUCAGUCUGCUCAGUCCCAGCGAAGUCCUUCUGAACUGUUUGCUCAACAUAUAGUGACUAUAGUCCACCAUGUGAGAGAGCAUCACUUUGGGUCUUCAGGAAUGACACUGAAUGAACGCUUUACCAAAUAUCUAAAGAAAGGAAUGGAACAAGAUGCAGCUAAAAACAAAAAGAGCCCUGAAAUCCACAGGAGGAUAGAUAUAUCUCCCAGUACUUUUAGAAAACAUGGAUUCUCUCAAGAGGAAACGAAAAGUUCCAGAGAUCCUGGCUUCAAGGCUGAAGGGAAAUAUAAGGACGACCCUGUUGACCUGCGCCUUGAUAUUGAACGUCGUAAAAAACAUAAGGAAAGAGAUCUUAAACGCGAUAAAUCCAGAGAAUCGGUGGACUCGAGAGAUUCAAGUCACUCAAGGGAAAGAUCAACUGAGAAAACGGAGAAAAGUCACAAAGGCUCAAAGAAAAAGAAACACCGAAGGGUACGUGAGAGAUCCAGAUCCAGCUCGUCGUCUUCACGGUCCUCUCAUUCGGUCAAAGCAGAGGAAUAUCCUGAGGAGACUGAGGAGAGGGAGGAAAGCACCACAGGCUUUGAUAAGUCCCGACUUGGGACUAAAGAAUUCACUGGUCCAAAUGAGAGAGGAAGAGCUAGAGGGACCUUUCAGUUCAGAGCAAGAGGGAGAGGAUGGGGCAGAGGCAACUUUUCAGGCAACAAUAACAGCAACAGCGGUGGCAACAAUGACUUCCAGAAGCGAAACAGAGAUGAGGAGUGGGAUCCAGAGUACACACCUAAGAGCAAGAAGUACUACUUGCACGAUGACCGGGAGGGCGAAGGUGCGGACAAGUGGGUGAACAGAGGCCGUGGCCGGGGUGCCUUCCCCCGAGGAAGAGGUCGCUUCAUGUUCCGAAAGUCAAGCACCAGCCCAAAGUGGGCUCAUGACAAAUUCAGUGGUGAAGAAGGAGAAAUCGAAGAUGACGAAAGCGGAACAGAAAACCGAGAGGAAAAGGACACCUUACAGACGACGGCUGAAUAGCCGCGGUGUCGGUGUGUUUCUGAGAGCCCUGGCAGGAGGAAGGGGUUCAGCACGGUGCUGGUGCUGAGGUCGUCAGGGCGAUCCUGAAGUGCUGAGAGAGCCCCGGAGAGGAGCUCUGAAACCAUCCUGAAGUUAACUGCAUCUCCAGAGUUCAACCUCCCUAAGUGUGGACUAGAACUGAUAAAUCCUUUAUGCUCCGAUCCACUCAUGGAGUAGAUCUUCCCAAAGACUUACCUUCUGGACUGAAUAAGGUCAAGUACUGGGUGAGAUCCUAGAUUUUCUCUCGUCUGUGACCUUAUUGAAUGGUCGGUUAUUUUUUUGGCAACAGGCUUCAAAGACAAUGUGGAUUUUGGUUUGUGCCCAUCUUAACCCAGUAGUCUUGACAUUUUUGUUUCUCUUUUAUAAUUUGAAAUAGUAAAGGUCGGGAUUAACUCACCAGUUCAAAUUUUUCUCCCCUAUUGUGUAUUCAAUUUUUUAAAUUCAUACUCUACUUAUUUUAGGCCUUUACGUACGUAGUAACAUCAAUUAAAUGAUAAUUUUGGAAACUAUUUUUGGUUCUUAUAAAUAAGAAAACAAUGAAGCAUGUGAAAUAAACAUCUAAAUGUUAA